UCCAAAGACUGGAUUAGCUUCGAAGCUCAGUGAGACAAGAUUUGGACAAUGGAUCGGACGAACUCAGGCCAAAUUCAAGACCAAAAUAAUCAAGUUGAAAAGGAGACUCAACAUAAAAUUUUCCAAAAUCGAAAAAUUCGCUACAAGGUUUAAGGCCGGACUUGGUGUCGGGCUGAGGUUAUUAGCCCUGGCAGGCUAUCAGAUGUAUGAAACAAUAAAAAGUCUAACAAGCGACUGCAAGGCGGUCUACGACAAUAUAAAGGGAGCUUACGAUCAGGUCCUGAAUGCUACAGAUAAGAUCAAUGUACAAAUGGCAGAUAUAAAGGAACACAGAAAGGAAAUGGACGCGAGCUGGAAAUUAAUGCGAGGAAAUCUCACCGAUGACAUGUUCCUUGAGUCCAUAAACACGACAAAGAAGGUCAUGGAAGGCGCUGCUAAUCAAAGCGAAGCAAUGUUGAGCAUUGCACGUGGCAUUGAGAACUUUUUGAAGACGAUCAAAACUUCAGAAGAGCAGAGUGUUACAUACAAUCAAAGCAGAGAUCUUUACAAGGUCCUUGUCAAGUAAGAAUAUAAGUUCCUAAAUGAUUAUCAUGUAAUAAUAGAUCACUUAAACGAG